CCACGCUAUUCUUCACCGGGCAUCCCUCUUCACUUCUUCAAUUCCACCACAUCCGCGAAACGAGGCACAAACUGCGUUUAAAAGCAAUCUCUUUGCCCUCAAGCACCAUCGAGCCUUCUCUUUCUUUCGACCCAAACAUAAGCGAGAUCACCAGACCGGCGCGAACUCUGGAUUACCAUGGCCCCCGCAGCAACCAUCUCGCAACCGACCCUCACCCUCGCAGGGGCCCGAACCACUCUCGCAGCAGCCGAACAGCAUGCCCUCGAAAUCGGCGUCCCCAUGAACAUUGCAAUCAUGGACUCGCACACGCACCUCCUAGCCUUCACCCGCAUGGACGGCGCAAAAAUCACGUCCAUCAACAUCGCGCUCGACAAAGCCUUCACCGCGGCCGGCCAUCGCGUGCCUACGUCCGCCUACAAAGAGAAUGUGUGGCCGGGCGGUAUGGCGUUCGGAAUCGGAAAUACGAAUGGUGGUCGUUUCUGUACCAUAGGAGGCGGGGUACCCAUCAUCGAUGACGACGGCCGAAUUCUCGGGGCGGUUGGUUGUUCGACGGGGACGCCGGCCGAGGACGAAGAAGUCGCCAAUGCCGGGAGGGAUGCGGUGUUGGGUUUGAUAAGGGAGGAGAAGGAGAAUGAGAAGUGGACGGAGGUAAUGGAGGCAUUGGAGAAGGAGAGGGAGAGAGAGUGGAAGAGGGUGCGGAAGGAGAUCACGCCGCCUGCGGAUCCACCGGUGGAGGAAAUGAUGCAGUAAGUGUGUACAGGGUAUCUUCUCAACGUGGGAGAGAAUAGAAAGACGAAUGACUCCUCACGUCGAAAGAGGGGCAUACCCCUUCAGCCAGGAGGGAAAUCAUGUCCUCCCUCUCGUUCGACUGGUGCUAUUCGAUAGGGUCCUUACACUAUGUCUUCAAGUGGAUCCUACAAGAAAAGCCAUAUUAGCCAAAUG